GGGGGACUAUAGAUCCAGUGUGGAAAGCGUAAUUGUGCAAGGGCUAACUGCUAUCUCUGCAAACGCUGAACCUGCUAAAGUCUUGCUACGACUAGAGAGCACAGAAGCGAUGAAGCCAAAAUCAAGACAACAACAUCAAAUCGAAAACAAGUCGACAACGUACGAAACUCACUACACUCAAGCUCUUGAAAACUUCUUCGCGAUCCAAUGGGGAAAACCCAAGCUGGCGGCACUAGACCCACUCAAGCACUUAGCAAAGUCGCAGACGGCGAUCCAGUACAAUUUCAGCUCUGACCCCGCUUCAUUAACUAGCCCAAUGCGGAGUUAUUUGGAACGGACAGCCGAGCUUCUCAAUACAACAGGCACCAACCUCCCUGCAAGUG